GAGCGAAACACCACGAAAUUUCGGCGGUAAGCGAUGGAGAGCGAAACACCACGGAGCAGACUGAUCGAAAAUGCGAGAACGAGAGUCCCAUCGACUAGUUUUGCGCAAACAGCUGUAACACACUUGGUACUUUACAAUGCGGGAUUCUUACUGUGACAUAGUCGUUCAGACAGUGGACGCAAGAAAUCCCUUGCUGUAUUAUUGCGAAGAUUUGGCCAAAUAUGUUGCUGAAAUCAAUGCGGAGAAAGAGCAUUUUAUUUUGAUCAACAAAGGCGAUUUGUUGUCGGACGUGCAGCGGCAAACGUGGGCUGAUUAUUUCAACCAAGCCGGUUUAAAAGCAGCGUUCUUUUCGGCGCUCCAAGCCUCGGAUGCCAACGUAGAAAUCCUCCAAAAAAUUAGCGAAGAACAGGUGGAAAAUAUUUCCAGUGAAUCCGACGAAGAUGACGAAACCGACACGUCCGUGGAAAGUUCAGAGUCCGACAGCGAGGAUUUUCAGAACGAAGAAAGUUCUGAAAGCGCAGAUCAGUCGGAUCGGUUUAAGACCCUUGUACCGGACGAUUCCGAAUGUCGCGGCGGUUCUACAGAAGGUGCCACAGCACCUCUUAUAGCGGCAGUUCAAGAAUCCUAUCAAUGUUCCAAACGUGUCUUGUCAAGGGAUGAUCUACUGGAACUGUUCCGAAUAUUGCGUCAAUCAGAAAAUACCUUCAUGGCAGAUGUUACUACUGUUGGAUUCGUUGGAUAUCCCAACGUAGGAAAAAGUUCCACCCUUAAUGCUCUCAUGCAGCACAAGAGGGUAUCCGUAUCGGCUACACCAGGAAAGACAAAACACUUUCAGACCACGCAUGUGGAUAAAACCUUAAUGCUCUGUGAUUGCCCGGGAUUGGUCAUGCCUUCCUUUGCCUCCAGUGCGGCGGAUAUGAUAUGUAAUGGAAUUUUGCCUGUUGACCAACUGCGGGAUCCUCUACCGCCAGUAAAUCUAAUCUGCUCGAGAAUUCCCAGAAGCGCUCUUGAAAGUAAAUAUGGGAUUCAGUUGCCAUUUGUUAAAGAAUAUGGCGUGGAUUAUGAAAUAAUUCCACCGCCUACUGCGGAAGAAUUUCUUAAUGCUUACGCAAGCAUGCGGGGAUUUGUGACAGCUCGGGCACUUCCUGAUAUCUCACGAGCUGCACGACAUAUUCUGAAAGAUUAUAUAAACGGCGAAUUGCUUUACUGCCAUGCUCCACCCGGUGUUAACCAGGACACAUAUCCCACGAAUGAAACCGACACAGAACUUCAGUCAACUGAUUCGGGAGUCCAAAAUGAGGAAAAGCAUCAAACUGCGGAAAGUGUUUUGGUUUCCAGUGCGUCCACGCUACCGGCUGAGUUAUCGACAAAUACACGAAGUGGAAGAGUCGACAGGGAGUUUUCGCUGAGAGUGGAGCUGGAAUUUACGAGAAGCGUGGUGGAAUCAAUAAGGUACGCGGACCGGUGCCCGCAGUGCCAGGGGAUUCGCCGGCAAAAAAACACUUCAAAAAGAACAAGAAAGAAAAAGUUCGACGUACUUUUCGCCAUUUAGAUGUGCAUUAAUUGAUUAGUUUAUUUGGAGUUGCCAGUUUGCAGUCAGACAGCAAAUUAUCUUGCAUAUGAAUUUGUUAAAUAAACGUUUUUCCUACAGUUGCAUCGGGAAUACUUCAUUUUGAAAUCCGGUUUCGUACCGAUGUGUUCUUAAAAGCUCAAAUCGUUUAUAAUCAUAAGAAGAAAAUACGAAGGUUUACACAAUUUGCGUGUUCGAAUCAGC